AUGCCUCGUGGUAUGACUACCUCUUGUAAAACAAAGAACCCUGAGAGUGGAUGUGCUACUCAUGAAAAGAAAUACAGGCUGGAAUGGGCAAUUCAACGGAUCAAUUUCCUCUCCGGAGCUACCAAUACGGGCCAAGCGCUGAAAUUGGCGCUUGAUCGGGGAUUUGACGGUGCGCGAGGAGGAGAUAUCCCCAAAGUGGCAGUGGUUGUAACGGAUGGACAAAGUCAGGACGAAGUUUCCGAGCAGGCUCAGCUGCUACGAGACGCUCACAUCAUGGUGUAUGCCAUCGGUGUUACCAAUCUUGUCAACGUGCAUCAGCUUCACCAGCUAGAUUUCUCGAGUCAUUUUGAAGCAUAUGAAGUACGUCGUAAACUGAUAGCUACUCUUCCUGAGAAGCUUGGCCUGUAG